AAAAUUCAUAUAUAAUUUUUGAACCAGUUUCCAAACGUACGCGUGACGUCGGUUUUGUAUUGAUCAAAAACUUCACACAGUGCAGACAGAUCAGAGAGGAAAGCGAGAUGGCAGACCCCAAAUAUGCAAAUCUGCCAGGAAUUGAUCAUGAUGCCCCUGAUGUUUAUGAAACAGAGGACUUGCCAGAAGAUGACCAAGCUCUGCAAACACAAGAGGAUGAGGGAAAUGAGAAUGUAGAGAAACUAGAACUAGACACCAAUGCAGCCAUGGGCAGAUUUAAAGGGUCACAAGUCAAAACAAAUGGGCUAGAUUUCUCAGACAGAAUAAGCGGUUCAAACAGAACUGGAUAUGAUGUUGAAAAGACAGAGUAUGAAAUGUUGGAGGAUGGAUCCAGUAAAAUUGAGACUCCACAGCAGAAGUUUCAGAGACUUCAGCACGAGAUUCGAGAACUUGGAGAGGAGGUCCAUGCCAUCCAGGAGAAUGUCAAGAAAGACGUGACAGCAGACAAGACGUCCCCCGUAGACCUCAGUAAGCAGCUGCAGUAUCUCCAGCACCAACUCAGUGACCUUCACUUGGAGAAACUUCUUGGACCAGAGGCCAAGGUCGAUUUGUCAGACCCUCAAGGUCAAUUGCAGAAACGCCUUUUGACAGAACUUACUGCCUAUAAACCAACAGAUGGAAAACCUGCAGCGGCCCCUAAAACAGACAAAAGCUGUGUGACGUAUGAGCUGUUCUACAGACCGGAACAAGCCCAGUUCAGCAGGAAUGCUAGGCUGGCCAAACUAGAGGAAAGACUGGAGAGACUAGAAGCCGUGCUGGGUCAAGGUUCGGAGAGAGCGGGAAUAUUAACUUUGGACACAGACAGUAAAGGUUUAGUGGAAUCGGUCGGUGUUCUGAAUUCCAAACUUUCCCUCCUGGAGACGAGUAAUCUUGAUCAGGUGGACGUUCGACUAGCAAGUGUUCUUCAAAAACUGAAUCAAAUCGGGGAAAAGAAAUCGGGUCAAGCUGACCUAGAGCGCCAAAACAAGAUAUCAGAACUGUUUGAUAUGGUGAAGAAAUGGGACUCUGUCAGAGACACUUUACCUCAUGUAGUGGAUAGACUGGUUUCUCUUAAAGAACUUCAUGAACAAGCCUUGCAGUUCAGUCAGCUGUUGUCGCACCUUGACACCGCACAACAGGAGAUCAGUGCCACUCUGGGUGCCCACGGUGACAUGAUGAAACAGCUCCAAGUGAUGUUCAACGACAACAGUAACACCAUUAAAGGGAAUUGUGACAGUUUAGAUCAGCGAAUUAAAGCUCUGGGGAAGUGACAUCUCCCCCUACUUCUGUAACAAGCUACAUUGUAUGUUAACCUAUGGUGUCAUGGUUCCUGUUCCUCCAGCAUCGAACGGAUCUGAAGUUAUUAUGGUUGUUUAAUCAUGGAGAUCACCUUUUUUUUUUUAAUUUGCUUUGAACUACUUGUUAUAAUUUCAAAAUGCACCAGUUAGUGUAGUGAAUUUAUUUGUGAAAUGUCUAUCUUGCUUACAAGAUCAAACCAUGCAUGUAAAUAUAUAAGUGCAUUCAAUGUAUUAAUUGACUUAAAAUUCUACAUGUGUGGAUAUAGGUAAUAUUGUACCAGAUAGUGAAGUUUUAGUUUAAGGAUGGGUAACACCCCCUCCCCCCACAAAAAAACCCCCAAAACAAAACAACAACAACCCCAAAGCAAACGGUUAUGGAUUGGAAGUGGAGAAUAUAUUACAAUGAUGACUUUGCUAGAAAAUAAUGUGCAAAAAAAUUAAAACCUUUCUUGCAUACUACUAUGAAUUAGAAGCCUGUGUGUUACCCCACUAAGCUAACUGGUUAUACAAUAUGAUAAAUACCUUUAUAAUCUAUAAAUUAGAAGCCUGUAUGUUACCACACUAAGCUAACUGGUUAUACAAUAUGAUUUAAUGAGACAAAUUACUGAUAUAUGGUUCUAAAGGAAGUCAGCCAUUAUGAGGAUGUGCUAUUCCUCCUUAAUGUUUGUGCUUGACAGGUGCACUGUAUAUGUAUAAUGUGUGUGCUUGACAGAUGCACUGUAUAUGUAUAAUGUGUGUGCUUGACAGAUACACUGUAUAUGUAUAAUGUGUGUGCUUGACAGGUGCACUGUUUAUGUUUAAUGAUUGCUGUACAUCAACUAAAAACUAUCACAAGGCUUCACAUCCUAAUUUUUUCCACAUUGUUUUCAAGGAUAUUUGAUAAAUUAACCGUAUGAAAUUGAUGAUUUUAUCUGUGUAAUAAGAAAGAUUUGUUCAGCUGUUCACCAGAAUGUAAACAAUGUCACUGCGCUGUUAUUUUUCAUUUCGUUGUUUGCUAGCUAUGAUGUUUGUAAUUAUAUCUGUAUUAUGUGAGAUUUUUGUAGAUAACCUAAGAACUGUCACACAUAACUAUACAUCGUGUACAAACUUCACUAGGACUUAUUUAUAGUACACGUAUUGAGAACUGUCACACAUAACUAUACAUCGUGUACAAACUUCACUAGGACUUAUUUAUAGUACACGUAUUGAGAACUGUCACACAUAACUAUACAUCGUGUACAAACUUCACUAGGACUUAUUUAUAGUACAUAUAUUGAGAUGGUACAUAUAAAUGAAGACUGGUCCAUUAUUAUGUGCAAUAUAUUUUUAAAUUUCGUUGCUGGGUAUUUUCAGUGAUAUGUUAUUUAGUGUAUGUCAUUACGAAAAGAAAAAAAAAAUGUAUGAUUUACUGGUAUUAUUGGAUUUUUGCCCAAUAAAUCGGACCAGCCAGA